AUGGCGGACAGACAUCAUCAGGCACCUGCCUCGGACAACAGCUACGAUGCCUCAACACUCAGUCGCGAGUUCGAACAAUUAAUGCGCAACAGACGAUUUAAUCAACUUCAACAAUCCAGAUCUCGAACUGGCUCACCUGCUCCGGUCGCUAAUUCAAACCCCAACUAUUCAAUCCCACCACCCUCAAGAGCACCUCCGCCUCCUCCCUUGAGAGCUUCAGCACAACAACCAACUACACAAUCAGCAUCAAAGCCUACACUUCGUGGCCUUCCCAUCAUGCCAUCGCCUCCCCAGGAUGCUACCUCUACCACAUUCUUUAACUUUUUAAAUGUUCUAUCCGUGACUCCCACGAAAUACGAAAAUCCAGGUCUAUUGGACGAUGCCCUUUCAAUCAUUCCACUCGAUCGGUUGUACUCGGAAGCAGAGGAGGAGAGCCAAAUUAUGCAGGCGAAAGCCGCCAGUCUAGGAGAGAAGCCGGACUGGGGAUACCAGGAUUGUGUUAUUCGAGCAUUAUUGAGAUGGUUCAAGCGAUCCUUCUUCCAAUUUGUCAACAACCCCCCAUGCUCCAGAUGCCACAUGCCCACAAUUUCCCAGGGCAUGACGCCCCCAAGCCCUGAUGAAACGGCCCGCAGCGCCACCCGUGUCGAGCUUUACCGAUGUUCAGCACCGAGUUGCGGUGCCUACGAACGAUUCCCCCGAUACUCAGAUGUGUGGCAAUUGCUACAGACACGGCGAGGCCGUGUGGGAGAAUGGGCCAACUGCUUCAGUAUGUUCUGCCGUGCGGUCGGGGCCCGCGUUCGCUGGGUAUGGAACUCAGAGGACCAUGUCUGGACAGAGGUGUACUCUGACCAUAACAAACGAUGGGUGCAUGUGGAUGCCUGCGAGGAAGCAUGGGAUCAGCCUCGUCUCUACACUGAAGGAUGGCGCUGGAAGAUUUCCUACUGCAUUGCCUUCUCCAUUGAGGGAGCGACCGACGUCACUCGCCGCUACGUACGCAACUUUGCCCGGAAUGGAAAGCCACGCACCCGUGCGCCCGAAGAAGUUGUUCUCUGGUCGAUUUGCGAGGUUAGACGAAAGCGCCGCGAAAACAUGUCCAAGUCGGAUCACGCCCGCUUGAUCAAGGAGGACGAACGUGAAGAACGGGAGUUGCAGGGCUACACUGCCUCUGCUCUCGCCACAGAGAUGAAAAACCUAUUCCCAAGCAGUCUCCAGGGCGAGCAACAGAAACACGCCGAAGCUCGCCAGGAGGUUUCUGCGGAAUGGCUCACUGCCAGAGGACAUGGCCAGUCAGGGCCUGACCGGUCUCCUGGG